AGUGACUAGAUAAGUCACAGCUUUAUGCUAUUCCCUUUUCGGAAAGCAUUUUUUAAAGCUACUUAAUGCUAAAUUGUCCUUACUUCUACAACUUUUUAAUUAUCUCUCUGGAGGCUACCUUGUCUCCAGAGGCCUACAUUUCAACAGAGAUCAAACUUUAUUGAGAAGGAGUAGAAGAGCCCAGGUGUGUUUCUCCAGUGUCACAAAUCAUGUUGUCAUCAAUUACAUGAGACUAAAGUGGAGACAUGCAGCUGGGAUUAUGGAAGAUAAAUGCUAAGAAAGACCAUGAUUCCAGAGAGAUGGGAAACAAAUGAGGCGAGUUUUAUAAUUGUUCCAGUUUCCCACUUUCAGAGAGUUUCCAGGUCAUGAUGUACAGAGGCGGAAGCAAGGUGGAACCAAGCAGGGCUGAGAGUUGAGGAGAUACAGCUCAAGAUGCAAGCCCCCAGGCAGACACCAGGGCUGAGGAAAUUCCCGAGGGGGCCUCCACCUUGGCUUUUGUGUUUGAUGUGACUGGUUCCAUGUAUGAUGAUCUGGUUCAGGUUAUCGAAGGGGCUUCCAAAAUUUUGGAGACGUCUUUGAAAAGACCUAAGAGACCACUUUUCAACUUUGCUUUGGUGCCUUUCCAUGAUCCAGAAAUUGGCCCAGUGACAAUUACCACAGAUCCCAAGAAAUUUCAAUAUGAGCUCAGAGAAUUGUAUGUUCAGGGUGGUGGUGAUUGUCCAGAAAUGAGUAUUGGAGCUAUAAAAAUUGCCUUGGAAAUUUCUCUUCCGGGGUCUUUCAUCUAUGUUUUCACUGAUGCACGGUCCAAGGAUUAUCGGCUCACUCAUGAGGUGCUACAGCUUAUCCAACAGAAACAGUCACAAGUUGUAUUUGUGCUCACUGGAGACUGUGAUGACAGGGGCCAUAUUGGAUAUAAAGUCUAUGAAGAAAUUGCCUCUACAAGUUCUGGUCAAGUGUUCCAUCUGGACAAAAAACAAGUUAAUGAGGUGUUAAAAUGGGUAGAGGAAGCAGUGCAGUCCUCUAAAGUUCACCUGUUAUCAACAGAUCAUUUGGAACAAGCUGUAAACACUUGGAAAAUUCCUUUUGAUCCCAGCCUAAAAGAGGUUACUGUGUCUCUGAGUGGCCCUUCUCCAGGGAUUGAAAUUCGCAAUCCUUUAGGGAAGCUGAUAAAAAAAGGAUUUGGCCUGAAUGAGCUAUUAAAUAUCCAUAACUCUGCCAAGGUGGUGAAUGUUAAAGAGCCAGAGGCUGGAAUGUGGACAGUGAAGACUUCUAGCAGUGGAAGGCACUCUGUUCGCAUCACCGGCCUUAGUACCAUUGAUUUCAGAGCUGGUUUUUCCCGAAAGCCCACCCUGGAUUUCAAAAAAACAGUCAGCAGACCAGUGCAAGGAAUUCCUACUUAUGUGCUGCUGAAUACUUCUGGAAUUUCCAUCCCAGCCAAAGUAGAUCGUCUUGAACUUCUGAGUAUCUCAGGCAGUUCUCUGAAGACUAUCCCUGUUAAAUAUUACCCUGACCGAAAACCUUAUGGCUUGUGGAAUAUUUCUGACUUUAUACCACCAAAUGAAGCCUUCUUUCUCAGAGUCACAGGCUAUGAUAAGGAUGAUUAUCUCUUCCAGAGGGUUUCAAGUGUUUCCUUCUCUAGUAUCAUUCCAGAUGCUCCCAAAGUUACAAUGCCCAUGAAAACCCCGGGAUACUACUUGCAGCCAGGCCACAUUUCCUGCUCUGUUGAGAGUCUUUUACCCUUUACCUUGAGCUUUGUCAGAAAUGGAGUUACACUUGGAGUAGACCAGUAUUUAAGGGAAUCUGCCAGUGUGAACUGGGAGAUUGAAAAGGUCACUUUGUCUGAUGAAGGUGCCUAUGAGUGCAUCGCUGUCAGCAGUGCGGGGACUGGACGGGCACAGACAUUUUUUGAUGUGUCAGAGCCCCCUCCAGUCAUCCAAGUGCCUGAUAAUGUCACAGUCACUCCUGGAGAAAGAGCAGUUUUGACAUGUCUCAUCAUCAGCGCGGUGGAUUACAAUGUAACCUGGCAGAGGAAUGACAGAGAUGUCAGACUGGCAGACCCAGCAAGGAUGAGGAUCCUGGCCAACCUCUCAUUGGAGCUAAGGAGUGUGAAGUUCAGUGAUGCUGGGGAGUAUCAUUGUGUAGUCUCCAAUGAAGGAGGAUCAUCAGCUGCUUCGGUUUUCCUCACGGUGCAAGAACCACCCAAAGUCACUGUGAUGCCCAAGAAUCAAUCAUUCACAGGAGGAUCUGAGGUCUCUAUCAUGUGUUCUGCAACAGGUUUUCCCAAACCAAAGAUCACCUGGACCAUUAAUGAUAUGUUUAUCAUGGGUUCACACAGGUAUAGGAUGACCUCAGAAGGUACCUUAUUUAUCAAAAAUGCAGUUCCCAAAGAUGCAGGGAUUUAUGGUUGCCUGGCAAGUAAUGCAGCUGGAACAGACAAACAGACUUCUACCCUUAGAUAUAUUGAAGCCCCGAAGUUGAUCGUAGUUCAGAGCGAGCUGUUGGUUGCUCUUGGAGAUACAACAGUUAUGGAAUGUAAAACUUCUGGUAUUCCUCCACCUCGAGUUAAGUGGUUCAAAGGGGAUCUUGAGCUGAGGCCCUCAACAUUCCUCAUUAUUGACCCUCUCUUGGGACUUUUGAAGAUUCAAGAAACUCAAGACCUGGAUGCUGGUGAUUAUAUGUGUGUAGCUGUCAAUGAUGCUGGAAGAGCAGCUGGCAAGAUAACUCUGGAUGUUGGCUCACCUCCAGUUUUCAUACAAGAACCUGCUGAUGUGUCUAUGGAAAUUGGCUCAAAUGUGACACUACCUUGCUAUGUCCAGGGUUAUCCAGAACCAAAGAUUAAAUGGCGUAGGUCAGACAACAUGCCAAUCUUCUCAAGACCCUUUUCAGUGAGUUCCAUCAGCCAACUAAGAACAGGAGCUCUCUUUAUUUCAAACUUAUGGGCAAAUGAUAAAGGAACCUAUAUUUGUGAGGCAGAAAACCAGUUUGGAAAGAUCCAGUCCCAGACAACAGUAACAGUGACAGGACUUGUUGCUCCACUCAUUGGAAUCAGCCCUUCGGUGACCAGCGUCAUUGAAGGACAGCAGCUUACUUUGCCUUGUGCUCUGUUGGCUGGAAAUCCCAUUCCAGAACGUCGGUGGAUUAAGAAUUCAGCCAUGUUGGUCCAAAAUCCUUACAUCACUGUACGCAGUGACGGGAGUCUCCACAUUGAGAGAGUUCGCCUUCAGGAUGGAGGCAGAUAUACUUGUGUGGCCAGUAAUGUUGCUGGAACCAUUAAUAAAACUACCACCGUGGAUGUGCAUGUUCUGCCAACCAUUCAGCAUGGGCGGCAGGUACUCAGCACAAUUGAAGGCAUUCCAGUAACUUUGCCGUGCAAAGCAAGUGGAAAUCCCAAGCCAUCUAUCAUUUGGUCCAAGAAAGGAGAGUUGAUUUCCACCAGCAGCGCUAAGUUUUCCGCAGGGGCUGAUGGAAGUUUGUAUGUGGUGUCCCCCGGGGGUGAAGAGAGCGGGGAGUAUAUCUGCACCGCUACCAAUGCAGCUGGCUAUGCCAAGAGGAAAGUGCAGCUGACCGUCUAUGUAAGGCCCAGAGUGAUUGGAGACCAACGAGGACUGUCCCAGGAUGAGCCUGCUGAGAUUUCCGCCCUCGCAGGAGAAGACGUGACACUGCCAUGUGAAGUGAAGAGCUUACCCCCACCCAUCAUCACCUGGGCCAAAGAGACGCAGCUCAUCUCCCCAUUCUCUCCAAGGCACACAUUCCUUCCUUCUGGUUCAAUGAAGAUCAUUGAGACCCGUGUUUCAGAUAGUGGGAUGUAUCUUUGCGUUGCCACAAAUAUUGCUGGGAACGUGACUCAGUCUGUUAAAUUAAAUGUCCAUGUUCCUCCAAAGAUACAGCGUGGCCCUAAACUAAUCAAAGUCCAAGUUGGUCAAAGAGUGGACAUUCCGUGCAAUGCUCAAGGGACACCUCUUCCUGUAAUCACCUGGUUUAAAGGUGGAAGUGCCAUGCUGGUUGAUGGAGGGCAGCAUAUUAGCAGUUCAGAUGGAACUUUAAGCAUCAACCAAGCCAUGCUCUCUGACGCCGGCAUAUAUACAUGUGUUGCUACUAACAUAGCAGGCAGUGAUGAAUCGGAAAUAACCCUACAUGUCCAAGAACCACCUACACUGGAAGAUCUACAACCUCCAUAUAACACUCCAUUCCAAGAAAGAGUGGCCAACCAACGCAUUGCAUUUCCAUGUCCUGCAAAAGGUACCCCCAAACCAACCAUCAAAUGGAUAUGGAAUGGUAGAGAGCUGACAGGCAGAGAGCCUGGGAUUUCUAUCUUAGAAGAUGGUGCAUUGUUGGUCAUUGCUUCUGUUACACCCUUUGACAGUGGGGAGUACAUCUGUGUGGCAGUCAAUGAAGCUGGAACCACAGAAAAAAAAUAUAACCUCAAAGUCCAUGUUCCUCCAGUAAUUAAAGAUAAAGAACAAGUAACAAAUGUAUCUGUGUUGGUCAAUCACCUGGCCAAUCUCUUUUGUGAAGUUGAAGGUACUCCUUCUCCUGUCAUUAUGUGGUACAAAGAUGACGUCCAGGUGACUGAAAGCAGCAGUAUUCAGAUCACGAACAAUGGAAAGAUAUUAAAGCUCUUUAGAGCCACUCCAGAGGAUGCAGGAAGAUAUUCCUGCAAAGCAGUUAAUAUUGCAGGCACUUCUCAGAAGUAUUUUAACAUCGAUGUGCUAGUUCCUCCCACCAUAAUAGGUGCCAGCUCCCCAAAUGAAGUCUCUGUUGUCCUCAACCAUGACACCACUCUCGAAUGCCAAGUCAAAGGCACUCCCUUCCCUGUUAUUCACUGGUUCAAAGAUGGCAAGCCUUUAUUUUUGGGAGAUCCUAAUAUUGAACUUCUAGACAGAGGACAAGUUUUACAUUUAAAGAAUGCACGAAGAAGUGACAAGGGUCGCUACCAGUGUGCUGUAUCUAAUGCAGCUGGCAAACAAGCCAAGGACAUAAAACUCACGGUCUAUAUACCACCUAAUAUUAAAGGAGGGAAUGUCACCACAGAAAUAUCAGCACUGAUCAACAGCAUAAUUAAACUGGAAUGUGAAACUCGGGGACUUCCAAUGCCUGCUAUUACUUGGUAUAAGGACAGCCAGCCAGUCAUAUCCGGCUCACAAGCCCUUUAUAUUGAUAAAGGACGAUUUCUUCAUAUCCCUCGAGCACAGGUUUCUGAUUCAGCAACAUACACAUGUCAUGUCACCAAUGUUGCUGGAACUGCUGAAAAAUCAUUCCAUGUGGAUGUCUAUGUUCCUCCAAUGAUUGAAGGUGACUUGGCUGUGCCUCUGAGUAAGCAAGUGAUUAUUGCUCAUUCACUGACACUAGAGUGUAAAGCUACGGGCAACCCUCCUCCAGUUCUCACCUGGUUAAAAGAUGGCGUACCUGUGAAAACCAGUGACAACGUCCGUACAGAAGCUGGUGGGAAGAAACUAGAAAUCUUGAGUACCCUAGAAGCCGACCGGGGACAGUAUGUAUGUGUGGCUACCAGUGUGGCAGGAGAAAAGGAAAUCAAAUACGAAGUUGAUGUCUUAGUGCCACCAGCUAUAGACGGAGGAGAUGAGACAUCUUACUUCAUUGUGAUGGUUAAUAACUUACUGGAGCUAGAUUGUCAAGUGACAGGCUCUCCCACACCAACUAUCAUGUGGCUAAAGGAUGGCCAGCUAACUGAUGAAAGGGAUGGAUUCAGGAUUUUGCUAAAUGGACGCAAAUUGGUUAUUGCCCAGGCUCAGGUGUCAGAUACAGGCCUUUAUCGCUGCGUGGCAACAAACAUUGCUGGCGACCACAAGAAGGAAUUUGAAGUUACUGUUCAUGUACCUCCAACAAUCAAAUCCCCAGAUUUUUCUGAGAGAGCUGUAGUGAAAUACAAGCCUAUCACUUUGCAGUGCAUUGCCAAUGGCAUUCCAAAUCCAUCUAUUACAUGGUUAAAAGAUGGCCAACCUGUGAACACUGCCCAGGGAAAUCUCAAAAUACAGUCUUCCGGUCGAGUUUUACAAAUUGCCAGAGCCCUGAUGGAAGAUGCUGGCAGAUACACAUGUGUGGCCACCAAUGCAGCCGGAGAAGCACAACAGCACCUUCAGCUACAUGUGCAUGAACCACCUAGCCUGGAGGAUGCAGGGAAGAUGCUGAAUGAGACGGUGGUGCUGAACAACCCCAUUCAGUUGGAGUGUAAGGCAGCUGGCAACCCCUUGCCCGCUAUUACAUGGUACAAAGAUAAUCGUCCACUCUUGGGGUCCACCAGUGUGACUUUCUUGAACAGAGGACAGAUCAUUGAUAUUGAAAGUGCCCAGAUUGCUGAUGCUGGUAUAUAUAAAUGUGUGGCCAUCAACUCAGCUGGAGCUACAGAGUUAUUUUACAGUCUACAGGUCCAUGUGCCCCCAUCGAUUUCUGGCAGCAGUAACAUGGUGGCAGUGGUGGUUAAUAACCUGGUGAGGUUAGAAUGUGAAGCCAGAGGUAUCCCUGCCCCAAGUCUGACCUGGUUGAAAGAUGGUAGCCCUGUCUCUAGUUUCACUAAUGGGAUACAGGUUCUGUCUGGAGGCCGCAUCCUAGCUCUGACCAGCGCACAAAUCAGUGAUACCGGGAGAUAUACCUGCGUGGCAGUGAAUGCUGCUGGGGAGAAACACAGGGACAUUGACCUUAGAGUAUAUGUUCCACCAAAUAUUAUGGGAGAAGAACAGAACAUCUCUGUCCUCAUUAGUCAAGCCGUGGAGCUGCUAUGUCAAAGUGAUGCUAUCCCCCCACCUACUUUGACUUGGUUAAAGGAUGGCCGCCCCUUGCUGAAGAAACCAGGCCUCAGUAUCUCUGAAAAUGGAAGUGUGUUAAAGAUUGAAGAUGCUCAAGUUCAAGACACUGGUCGUUACACUUGUGAGGCAACAAAUGUUGCUGGAAAAACUGAGAAAAACUAUAAUGUAAACAUUUGGGUACCACCAAAUAUUUAUGGUUCUGAUGAACUUGCUCAACUUACAGUCAUUGAAGGGCAUCUCAUUAGUUUACUGUGUGAAUCAAGUGGUAUUCCACCCCCAAAUCUCAUUUGGAAGAAAAAAGGCUCCCCAGUGCUGGCUGAUUCUGCAGGGCGAGUCAGAACUUUAUCCGGAGGCAGACAGUUACAGAUCUCAAUUGCUGAGAAAUCUGAUGCAGGGCUAUAUUCAUGUGUGGCAUCGAAUGUUGCUGGAACUGCAAAGAAAGACUACAGUCUGCAAGUUUACAUUCGACCAACAAUAUCUAAUAGUGGCAGCCACCCUACUGAAAUUAUUGUGACUCGAGGGAAGAGUAUUUCCUUGGAGUGUGAGGUGCAGGGUAUUCCUCAACCAAAAGUGACCUGGAUGAAAGAUGGCCGCCCCUUGACCAAGGGAAGGGGAAUGGAAAUAUUGGAUGAAGGUCAUAUCCUUCAGCUGAAGAACAUUCAUAUAUCUGAUACAGGCCGUUAUAUGUGUGUUGCUGUGAAUGUAGCAGGAAUGGCUGACAGAAAAUACGACUUAAGUGUACAUAGCCCUCCAAGCAUCAUAGGGAACCAUGGGAAACCUGAAAAUAUCAGUGUCGUGGAAAAGAACUCAGUGUCCCUGACUUGUGAAGCUUCCGGAAUUCCCCUGCCUUCGAUUACCUGGCUUAAAGAUGGGUGGCCUGUCAGCCUUAGCAGUUCUGUGAGAAUUCUCUCAGGAGGCAGGACUCUGCGGUUGAUGCAGACCAGAAUAGAAGAUGCAGGACAGUAUACUUGUGUUGUAAGAAAUGCAGCUGGUGAAGAAAGAAGAAUCUUUGGGCUUUCAGUAUUAGUGCCACCUCGCAUUGUGGGCGAAAAUACAUUGGAAGACAUGAAGGUCAAAGAGAAACAGAGUGUUACACUGACUUGUGAAGUGACAGGGAACCCAGUGCCAGAAAUUACAUGGCACAAAGAUGGACAGCUCCUCCAGGAAGAUGACACCCAUCACAUUAUGUCUGGUGGCCGCUUUCUUAAAAUUACUAAGGCUCAAGUAUCACACACUGGAAGAUAUGCAUGUUUGGCUUCUAACACGGCUGGCGACAAGAGCAAAAGUUUCAGUCUUAAUGUGUUGGUAUCCCCUACAAUUGCUGGUAUUGACAGUGAUGGUGGCCCUGAAGAUGUCACCGUUAUCCUUAACAGCCCCACAUCUUUGGUCUGUGAAGCUUAUUCAUAUCCUCCAGCCACCAUCACCUGGUUUAAGGAUGGAACACCUUUAGAAUCCAACCGAAAUAUUCGUAUUCUUCCAGGAGGUAGGACUCUGCAGAUCCUAAAUGCACAGGAGGACAAUGCUGGAAGAUACUCUUGUAUAGCCACUAAUGAAGCAGGAGAAAUGAUAAAGCACUAUGAAGUGAAGGUCUACAUUCCACCCAUCAUCAAUAAAGGGGACCUACUGGGGCCAGGUCUUUCCCCUAAAGAAGUGAAGAUCAAAGUAAACAAUACGCUGACUUUGGAAUGUGAAGCUUACGCGAUUCCGUCUGCCUCUCUCAGCUGGUACAAGGAUGGACAGCCUCUUAAAUCAGAUGAUCAUGUUACUAUUGCUGCAAAUGGACACACACUUCAAAUAAAGGAGGCUCAAAUAUCAGAUACUGGACGCUAUACUUGUGUAGCAUCUAACAUUGCAGGUGAAGAUGAACUGGAUUUUGAUGUGAAUAUACAAGUUCCUCCAAGUUUUCAGAAACUCUGGGAAAUAGGAAACAUGCUGGAUGCUGGCAGGAGUGGUGAAGCCAAGGAUGUGAUCAUCAACAAUCCCAUUUCCCUUUACUGUGAAACUAAUGCUGCUCCUCCCCCAACACUGACAUGGUACAAAGAUGGCCGCCCUCUGACCUCCAACGAUAGAGUGUUGAUUCUACCAGGUGGGCGAGUGUUGCAGAUUCCUCGAGCUAAAGUAGAAGAUGCAGGGAGAUAUACAUGUGUGGCUGUGAAUGAGGCCGGAGAAGAUUCCCUUCAGUAUGACGUUCGUGUACUCUUGCCACCGAUUAUUAAGGGAGCAAGUAGUGACCUUCCGGAAGAGGUCACCGUGCUGGUGAAUAAGAAGACAUUGAUGGAGUGUUUAUCCAGUGGCAGCCCCACACCAAAGAAUUCCUGGCAAAAAGAUGGACAGCCCUUGCUAGAAAAUGGGCAUCAUAAAUUUCUAUCUAAUGGAAGAAUUCUUCAGAUUCUGAACACUCAAAUAACAGAUAUCGGCAGGUAUGUGUGUAUUGCUGAGAACAGAGCUGGGAGUGCCAAACAAUAUUUUAACCUCAAUGUUCACGUUCCUCCAAGUGUCAUCGGUCCUAACCCUGAAAAUCUCACUGUUGUGGUGAACAAUUUCAUCUCUUUGACCUGUGAGGUCUCUGGUUUUCCACCUCCUGAUCUCAGCUGGCUCAAGAAUGAACAGCCUAUCAAGCUGAAUACAAAUGCUCUCAUUGUGCCCGGUGGUCGAACUCUGCAAAUUAUUCGGGCCAAGGUAUCUGAUGGUGGUGAAUACACUUGUAUUGCUAUCAACCAAGCUGGUGAAAGCAAGAAAAAAGUUUCCCUGACUGUCUAUGUGCCCCCAAGCAUUAAAGAUCAUGGCAGUGAAUCUCUUUCUGUAGUUAACGUAAGAGAGGGGACCUCAGUGUCACUGGAGUGUGAGUCGAACGCCGUGCCCCCUCCAGUCGUCACCUGGUAUAAGAAUGGGCAGAUGAUAACAGAAUCCACUCGCUUGGAGAUUUUAGCAGAUGGACAAAUGCUGCAGAUCAAGGAAGCUGAGGUAUCUGACACAGGCCAGUAUGUAUGUAGAGCUAUAAAUGUAGCAGGACGGGAUGAUAAAAAUUUCCACCUCAAUGUAUAUGUGCCACCCAGUAUCGAAGGGCCUGAAAAUGAAGUGGUUGUUGAGACUAUCAGCAAUCCUGUGACCUUAACAUGUGAUGCCACUGGAAUCCCGCCUCCCACGAUAGCCUGGUUGAGGAACCACAAGCCCAUCGAAAAUUCUGACUCACUUGAAGUACAUAUUUUGUCCGGAGGUAGCAAACUCCAAAUCGCCCGGUCUCAACAUUCAGAUAGUGGAAACUAUACAUGCAUUGCAUCAAAUAUGGAGGGAAAAGCACAGAAAAAUUACAUUCUUUCAAUUCAAGUUCCUCCAAGUAUUGCUGGUGCUGAAAUUGCAAGUGAAGUCAGUGUUCUUCUAGGGGAAAAUGUUGAGCUGACCUGCAUGGCAAGUGGCAUUCCCACCCCACUUAUUCAAUGGCUUAGAGAUGGAAAGCCCAUAAAUAGCAGUGAAACAGAAAGAAUCCGGGUGACUGCAGAUGGCAGCACAUUAAACAUUUACGGAGCUCUCCCAUCCAAUGUGGGGAAAUACACAUGCGUCGCUACUAAUCCUGCUGGAGAAGAAGACCGAAUUUUUAACUUGAAUGUCUACGUUCCACCCGCAAUUAGGGGUAAUAAAGAAGAAGCAGAGAAACUAAUGGCUUUGGUGGAUACUUCAAUAAAUAUUGAAUGUAGAGCCACAGGGACACCUCUACCACAGAUCAACUGGCUAAAGAAUGGACUUCCUCUGCCUCUCUCCUCCCAUAUCCGGUUGCUCUCAGGAGGGCAGGUUAUCAGGAUUGUGAGAGCUCAGGUGUCUGAUGUUGCUGAGUACACUUGUGUGGCCUCCAACAGAGCUGGGGUGGAUAAUAAACAUUAUAGUCUUCAAGUUUUUGUGCCACCAAAUCUGGACAAUGCGAUGGGAACAGAGGAGAUCACAGUUGUCAAGGGUAGUUCUGCCUCCAUGACGUGCUUUACAGAUGGAACUCCAACUCCCAGGAUGUCUUGGCUUAGAGAUGGCCAGCCUCUGGGUCUUAAUACCCGUCUGACAGUAAGCACUCAAGGAAUGGUUCUUCAGCUUAUCAAAGCAGAGACUGAAGAUUCAGGAAGGUACAUCUGCAUUGCCUCAAAUGAAGCUGGAGAAGUCAGCAAACACUUUAACCUGAAGGUCCUGGAACCACCUCAUAUCAACGGAUCUGAAGAACCUGUAGAGAUAUCAGUGAUUGUUAAUAAUCCACUUGAACUUAACUGCUUUGCUUCUGGAAUUCCAACUCCUAAAAUUACCUGGAUGAAGGAUGGAAGGCCCCUCCCACAGACAGAACAGAUACAAACUCUUGGAGGUGGAGAGGUCCUUCAAAUAUCUAGUGCCCAGGUGGAGGAUACAGGAAGGUACACAUGUCUGGCAUCCAGUACUGCAGGAGAUGAUGAUAAAGAAUAUUUAGUGAGAGUGCAUGUACCCCCUAAUAUUGCUGGAACUGAUGAGUCCCAGGAUUUCACUGUGUUACGGAACAGACAAGUGACAUUGGAAUGCAAAUCAGAUGCAGUGCCCCCACCUAUAAUCACUUGGCUUAAAAAUGGAGAUCAGUUACAGGCAAGCCCUCGGGUACGAAUCCUCUCUGGAGGGAGAUACUUGCAAAUUAACAAUGCAGAUCUAAGUGAUACAGCCAAUUAUACUUGUGUGGCCAGCAACGUUGCAGGAAAGACUACAAGAGAAUUUAUUCUCACUGUAAAUGUUCCUCCAAACAUAAAGAGCGGCCCCCAGAGUCUUGUCGUUCACGUAAAUAGGUCGACUGUAUUGGAGUGCCUUGCUGGGGGUGUGCCGACCCCGAGGGUAACAUGGAGAAAGGAUGGAGCUGUUCUAUCUGCAGGUCACGCAAGAUACUCCAUCUUGGAAAAUGGAUUCCUUCAUAUCCAGUCAGCACAUGUCACAGACACUGGACGAUAUUUGUGUAUGGCUACCAAUGCUGCUGGAACAGACCGCAGGCGAAUAGAUUUACAGGUCCAUGUUCCUCCAUCCAUUGCUCUGGGUCCUACCAACAUAACUGUAACAGUAAAUGUUCAAAUUACUCUGGCUUGUGAGGCUACUGGGAUACCAAAACCAUCAAUCAGGUGGAAGAAAAAUGGGCAUCUUCUUAAUAUGGAUCAAAAUCAGAAUUCAUACAGGCUCCUUUCUUCAGGUUCACUAGUAAUUAUUUCCCCUUCUGUGGAUGACACUGCAACCUAUGAGUGCACCGUGACAAAUGAUGCCGGAGAGGAUAAAAGAACUGUGGAUCUCACUGUCCAAGUUCCACCUUCCAUAGCUGAUGAGCCUACAGACUUCCUGGUAACCAAACACGCCCCAACGGUGAUUACUUGCACUGCUUCGGGAGUUCCAUUUCCCUCAAUCCACUGGACAAAAAAUGGGAUAAGACUACUUCCCAGGGGAGACGGUUAUAGAAUUCUGUCAUCAGGAGCAAUUGAAAUGUCUGCCACUCAGUUCACCCAUGCUGGAAGAUACACUUGUGUUGCCAGGAAUGCAGCUGGUUCUGCACAUCGACACGUGACCCUUCGUGUCCAGGAGCCUCCAGUCAUUCAGCCUCAGCCAAGUGAACUAGACGUCAUUGUAAACAAUCCAAUUUUAUUACCAUGUGAGGCAACAGGGACACCCAGUCCUUUCAUUACUUGGCAAAAAGAAGGCAUCAAUGUCAUCGCUUCAGGCAAAAGUCAUGCAGUUCUUCCUAGUGGCGGCUUGCAGAUCUCCAGAGCCGUCAGAGAAGAUGCUGGCACUUACAUGUGUGUGGCUCAGAAUCCAGCUGGUACAGCCUUAGGCAAAAUCAAAUUAAAUGUUCAAGUUCCUCCAGGCAUUAGCCCCCAUCCAAAGGAAUAUACCACUGCUGUGGAUAAACCCAUCUCCCUACCAUGUGAGGCAGAUGGCCUCCCACCACCUGAUAUUACCUGGCAUAAAGAUGGGCAUGCAGUUAUGGAAUCAGUCCGCCAACGCAUCCUCAGCUCUGGGGCCCUGCAGAUAGCAUUUGCUCAGCCUGAUGAUGCUGGCCAGUACACGUGCAUGGCAGCUAACGUGGCAGGAUCAAGCAGCACGAGCGCCAAGCUCACUGUCCAUGUACCACCUAGAAUCCGAAGCACAGAAGUACACUAUAUGGUCAAUGAGAAUUCACAAGCCAUUCUUCCAUGCGUGGCUGAUGGAAUCCCCACACCAGCAAUCAACUGGAAAAAAGACGAUGUUCUUUUAACUAACUUAUUAGGAAAGUAUACUCUUGAGCCCUAUGGAGAACUUAUUCUGGAAAAUGUUGUGCCGGAGGAUUCUGGCACCUAUACCUGUGUUGCUAACAAUGCUGCAGGUGAAGAUACGCACAUGGUCAGUGUGACGGUGCACGUUCUCCCCACUUUUACUGAACUUCCUGGAGAUGUGUCUUUAAAUAAAGGAGAACAGCUACGAUUAAGCUGUAAAGCCACUGGGAUUCCAUUGCCCAAGUUAACAUGGACCUUCAAUAACAAUAUUAUCCCAGCCCACUUUGACAGUGUUAAUGGACACAGUGAACUUGUUAUUGAAAGAGUGUCAAAAGAGGAUUCGGGUACUUACGUGUGCACCGCAGAGAACAGUGUUGGUUUUGUGAAGGCAAUAGGAUUUGUUUAUGUGAAAGAACCUCCAGUCUUCAAAGGUGAUUACCCUUCUAAUUGGAUUGAGCCGCUUGGUGGUAAUGCAGUCUUGAAUUGUGAAGUGAAAGGAGAUCCUGCCCCUACCAUCCAAUGGAGCAGAAAAGGAGUGGAUAUUGAAAUUAAUCACAGAAUCCGUCAACUUCUCAAUGGCUCCUUGGCCAUUUAUGGCACUGUAAAUGAAGAUGCCGGUGAUUAUACGUGCGUAGCUACCAAUGAUGCUGGGGCAGUGGAGCGCAGCAUGAGCCUGACCCUGCAGAGUCCUCCUAUUAUUACUCUUGAACCAGUAGAAACUGUUAUUCAUGCUGGUGGCAAAGUCAUAUUGAAUUGUCAGGCAACUGGAGAGCCUCAUCCAACCAUUACAUGGUCUCGUCAAGGGCACUCUAUUCCCUGGGAUGACCGAGUUAACAUGUUGUCCAACAACUCCUUACAUAUUGCUGCUGCUCAAAAAGAAGAUACAUCUGAAUAUGAAUGUGUUGCUCGAAACUUGAUGGGUUCUGUCCUUGUCAGGGUGCCAGUCACAGUCCAGGUUCACGGUGGGUAUUCCCAGUGGUCUACAUGGAGAUCCUGCAGUGUCACCUGUGGCAAAGGCAUCCAGAAGAGGAGUCGUCUAUGCAACAACCCCUUUCCGGCCAAUGGUGGGAAGCCUUGCCAAGGGUCAGAUUCAGAAAUGCGAAACUGUCAACGUAAGCUGUGUCCAGUGGAUGGUAGCUGGUCAGAAUGGAGCCCUUGGGAAGAAUGCACACGGAGUUGUGGACGUGGCAACAGAACCAGGACCAGAACUUGCAGUAACCCAUCAGCUCAAUAUGGUGGGCGGCCAUGUGAAGGGAAUGCCGUAGAAAUAAUCAUGUGCAACAUUAGGCCCUGCCCAGUUCAUGGAGCAUGGGGCACUUGGCAGCCUUGGAGUGCAUGCAGCGAGAGUUGCGGUAAAGGUGCCCAGAUAAGAACAAGACUGUGUAAUAACCCACCACCAUCAUUUGAUGGGUCCUACUGUGAUGGAGCAGAAACACAGAUGCAGAUUUGCAAUGAAAGACCCUGUCCAGUGGAUGGCAAGUGGACCACUUGGGCCAGUUGGAGUGCCUGUACUGUGUCCUGUGGAGGAGGUGCCAGACAGAGAACAAGGGAAUGCUCUGAUCCUGUCCCACAGCAUGGAGGGAGCAGAUGUGAAGGGAGUGAUGUCCAGAGCGAUUUUUGCAAUAAUGACCCUUGUCCAACUCAUGGUAACUGGAGUCCUUGGAGUGGCUGGGGAAUAUGCAGCCGGACAUGCAACGGAGGACAGAUGCGGCGGUACCGCACAUGUGAUAACCCUCCUCCCUCCAACGGAGGAAGAGCUUGUGGGGGGCCAGACUCCCAGAUCCAGAGAUGCAACACUGACAUGUGUCCUGUGGAUGGAAGUUGGGGAAGCUGGCACAGUUGGGGCCAGUGCUCUGCCUCUUGUGGAGGAGGUGAAAAGACUCGAAAGCGGCUGUGCAACAAUCCAGUGCCGUCUAAAAGUGGUCGCCCCUGUCCAGGAGACACUACACAGGUAUCCAGAUGCAAUAUGCAAACAUGUCCAGGUGGGCCCCAGCGAGCCAGAGGAAGUGUUAUUGGAAAUAUUAAUGAUGUUGAAUUUGGAAUUGCUUUCCUUAACGCCACAGUAACAGAUGAUCCUACCUCUGAUACUAGAGUAAUACGUGCCAAAAUUACCAAUGUACCUCGCAGUCUUGGUCCAGCAAUGAGAAAAAUAGUUUCUAUUCUAAAUCCCAUUUAUUGGACAACAGCCAAGGAGAUAGGAGAAGCAGUCAAUGGCUUCACCCUCACCAAUGCAGUCUUCAAGAGAGAAACCCAGGUGGAAUUUGCAACUGGAGAAAUCUUGCGGAUGACUCAUAUUGCCCGGGGUUUGGAUUCUGAUGGUGCUUUGCUCCUAGAUAUUUUUGUGAGCGGUUAUGUCCUGCAGCUUCAGUCACCUGCUGAAGUCACUGUAAAGGAUUACACAGAGGACUACAUUCAGACAGGUCCUGGGCAGCUGUAUGCCUACUCAACCCGGCUGUUCACCAUUGAUGGCAUCAGCGUCCCAUACACAUGGAACCACACAGUUUUCUAUGAUGAGGCACAGGGAAGAAUGCCUUUCUUGGUAGAAACACUUCAUGCUUCCUCUGUAGAAUCUGACUACAACCAAUUAGAAGAGACACUGGGUUUUAAAAUCCAUGCUUCAAUUUCCAAAGGAGAUCGCAGUAAUCAGUGCCCAUCUGGGUUUGCCUUAGACUCAGUUGGACCCUUUUGUGCUGAUGAAGAUGAAUGUGCGGCCGGGAAUCCCUGCUCCCAUAUCUGCCACAACACCGUGGGAACCUAUCAUUGCUCCUGCUCAAAAGGCCUCACCAUAGCUGCCGACGGAAGGACUUGUCAAGAUAUCGAUGAGUGUGCUUUAGGUGGACAUGCCUGCCAUGCUGGUCAGGACUGUGACAAUACCAUUGGAUCCUAUCGCUGUGUGGUCCGUUGUGGAAUUGGCUUUCGAAGAACUUCUGAUGGGCUGAGUUGCCAAGAUAUUAAUGAAUGUCAAGAAUCCAGCCCCUGUCACCACCGCUGUUUCAAUGCCAUUGGAAGUUUUCACUGUGGAUGUGAACCUGGGUAUCAGCUCAAAGGCAGAAAAUGUAUAGAUGUGAAUGAAUGCAGACAAAAUGUAUGCAGACCAGAUCAACACUGCAAGAACACCCGUGGGGGCUAUAAGUGCAUUGAUCUUUGUCCAAACGGAAUGACCAAGGCAGAAAAUGGAACCUGCAUUGAUAUUGAUGAAUGUAAAGAUGGGACCCAUCAGUGCAGAUAUAACCAGAUAUGUGAGAAUACAAGAGGCAGCUAUCGCUGUGUGUGUCCCAGAGGUUUCCGGUCUCAAGGAGUUGGGAGACCCUGUAUGGACAUUAAUGAAUGUGAACAAGUGCCUAAGCCUUGUGCAUAUCAGUGCUCCAACACCCCCGGCAGCUUCAAGUGUAUCUGUCCAACAGGUCAACAUUUAUUAGGGGACGGGAAAUCUUGCGCCGGAUUGGAAAGGCUGCCUAACUAUGGCACCCAAUACAAUAGCUAUAACCUUGCACGGUUCUCCCCUGUGAGAAACAACUAUCAACCUCAACAGCAUUACAGACAGUACUCACAUCUCUACAGCUCCUACUCGGAGUAUAGAAACAGCAGAACAUCUCUCUCCAGGACUAGAAGGACUAUUAGGAAAACUUGUCCUGAAGGCUCUGAGGCGAGCCGUGACACAUGUGUAGAUAUUGAUGAAUGUGAAAACCGAGACACUUGCCAGCACGAAUGUAAAAAUACCUUUGGAAGCUAUCAGUGUAUCUGUCCACCUGGCUAUCAGCUUACGCUCAAUGGAAAGACCUGUCAAGAUGUCGAUGAGUGUCUGGAGCAGAGUGUGCGCUGUGGGCCAAAUCGCAUGUGCUUCAACAUGAGAGGAAGCUACCAGUGCAUCGAUACCCCCUGUCCACCCAACUACCAACGGGAUCCUGUUUCAGGGUUCUGCCUCAAGAACUGUCCACCCAAUGAUUUGGAAUGUGCCUUGAGCCCAUAUGCCUUGGAUUACAAACUUGUCUCACUCCCAUUUGGAAUAGCUGCCAAUCAAGAUUUAAUCCGGCUGGUUGCAUACACGCAGGAUGGAGUGAUGCAUCCCAGGACAACUUUCCUCAUGGUAGAUGUGGAACAGACUGUUCCUUUUGCCUUAAGGGACGAAAACCUGAAAGGAGUGGUGUAUACAACACGACCUUUGCGAGAACCAGAGACCUACCGCAUGAGGGUUCGAGCCUCAUCCUACAGUGCCAAUGGGACCAUUGAAUAUCAGACCACAUUCAUAGUAUAUAUAGCUGUGUCUGCCUAUCCAUACUAAGAAGUCCUCCAGAGCCUAAUCCAAUAUUUAAACUGCAUUAAUCAUGGGUAUCAAGUCCCCUUCCAGAUUACCAUCUCCUGAACAGUUGCAAUCUUGGCAACUUGAAAAUGGUGCUAUGCUCUGUUUUGUGUGCCUUCCUUGGUGUCACUGAGGUAUUUUCAUGAACCCACCAUGGUCAUUUCUUUUGGUAAAGUCUAGAAAAGUCCCUUAUUAUUUUCUUUAUUUAUUACACUGGAACAGUUACUUUCCAAAGAUUAUUCUGAACAUCUUAGAAGGACAUAUCAGUGAUGUUUUCUUGUAGUAUAAGAGCUAAGAUAGUUUUCCUUAAAAAAAAAAUGAAAACAAAAAUAACUCAUUCAAAGCCAAUGGAUUUUUGAGCAUUUUAGAAUAAUAAAACUGGCUGCUAUGUAUUUGAUCAAAGCUUAUUAAGUAACUUAUGAAGAUGCUUUUUUUAAGUAUUCAUACUUUAUAAUGGGAUUUAUACACCUAUUUACACUUUAAGGGAAAAAGAAACACCACUCAUUUGAGAAAUAUAGUACAACUUCUAGAAUGUUUUUUUGAUACCAAAUGGUGUUCACGUGGAUUGAACAUCCAAAAGAAGGAUAUUAUUUUCAGUGGUUUUGUGAAAUGAGAUGGACCACUUAUAAUAAAAAAAUAUUAUUUGGUCCUCAGAUGAUUGUUCAUGGCAUGGAUCUUUGCCCUAGCCUUUUGAUAUAACCUUCCUUUCAGUUAGCUCUAUAACUUUUACAUUCCAGUAUUUUAUUUUCCUGUCAAUUGGAAACAAUUUUUACAAAUACCAAUGGGACAGUUUCCUCUGUUUUUCUUGAAAAUCUUGUAUGUUCAAAUUAGCAUAAAUGUUGAACGUCAAUACACUGUACAUGGUGGUAACAGACUCUGGAAGCAAUUCUCAAGAUGUAUUCUAUUUUUAUGAAAUGUAUAUAUAUAUUACCUUGGUGUAUUUUCUAUAUAAUAUCUUGAUGGACUCUUUUAUAAAAUUAUUUUAUAAAGCAAAAAACAAUGUUACAGUAAAACCAGCCUAAAUAAAAUUUUCACAUCCCUUUUCUUAA